AUGGCGGCGCGGCGCGCCGGCUGGCGGCCGCCGCUCUCGGGGCGGAAGCAGUGCCUGGCGGCCCGCCCGGCCGGCCCGGCCGUGCCCGACCGGCCCGCACGUGAGCGGACAGCGCUGCCGAAGGGCACGUGCGCCGCCGCGCGACGGCCACGACACCGACCGGGUCCUGAGAUGGCCUCAGGCAUCGAGCGUGCCGAAGACACCGUGGCGCGGGGCGGCUCGGACGAGGCGCGCGGCAGCGACCGGGACGACCCCGACACGCUGAAGGCGCUCGACGACGCCAAGUCGAAAAAGCACCGCCGCAACCGGACCACGUUCACCACGUACCAGCUGCACGAGCUGGAGCGGGCCUUCGAGAAGUCCCACUACCCGGACGUCUACAGCCGCGAGGAGCUGGCCAUCAAGGUCAACCUGCCGGAGGUCAGGGUGCAGGUAUGGUUCCAGAACCGGCGCGCCAAGUGGCGGCGCCAGGAGAAGAUGGAGGCGAGCCAGCUGCGUUUGCAGCAGGACUACCCGCUCUCGCCGCCCUUGAGCAGCCUAGCUGGCCCACUCGACCCGUGGCUCGCUUCGUCUGUGUUCGGCUCGACGCUGAUGCAGACGCUGCCCGGCUUCCUAGCGCAGCCGCAGACGCCGUACCCCAGCUACCUGACGCCACCCAGCUCGCUGACGCCGCCUCUGGCGCGGCACGAACCGCGGCAGGGCGCCGCCCGACCCAGCCCCUCGCCCUGAGCGGGCUACACGCGCUGCGGCGUCAGGGGGCGCCGCGGCGUCGGACGUCAUCCAGGGCGGGGCACGGGUGCAAGUCUUCGCUCCUGUUGGUCGGGUCUGCAGACCCCUACAUGGCCGGACGGACCCUCCGGGUCACGGCGCAGCCUCUGGAGCCCCAGAGUCGGACACGGCUCUCGCCCGACCACGCUCUCUCGCCGCCAGGCUAUGGGUGGCUGUUCAGCGGACAGGAUCUGCGGGCGAAUGGUGUUGCCAUGAGCGAGUCCCAGCAACGCGUCAGUUCAGACGCGUCAGUUCAGUCAAACUCGAGGGAACGUUUCGCCGGCAGCUCUCAAUGUGGUCCGUUGCUGUACGCUGUGCGAAGAAGAAUGGAUCACAACGUCAUGAUGAGAAGCGGCUGACAGUGGGGACCUCGGCGGGAUCCCUACCCAGCCUGACAGCACCAGCCGGAAAGGCGAGCCAGAACUCUAGCGAACGACCGAUGUCAAGAACGUUCGGGCGGCGUCAACGCAGACGCACGACGAAAUGCAAUCUUGCUUAGUAAACCUCGAAGAUUUAUGGAACAGAACGGACUCUGCCCGAGAUCGCCGCCGCUGCCGGCCUGUGCAAGACCUACCUUCGUGGAUUCUACGCAAGCUCACGUAAGGUGGGAUAGCAAUUUGUUCAGUUGUGCUAACUUCGUGAUCAGGACUUUUUGGGUUGCCAUAUGAUGGACCAGUCAAAACGCCAUGAGGCCCAAACCAUCGAUGUUUGUGUACAGUGUUUGUGUGUCAUUUCAGGAAAGAAAUGGUAGAAAUUGCCUUUUUUAAAGGAAGUCUUCAGGGUAUUGCUACUUAUUUGCUAUUUAUUUUAAUUAUUUAAAUGCAUCACUUGAAAGGUCUUCAGCUUGAUCCAGUAAGUGCGUUCAUAACAAAACGCACUUGUCAAGUUAACAGGCAGGUGUCCCACAUGGUUCAUUUCAGUAAUUGCUGAGGACGGAUCAGUCUCCAAAAUUCUACGAUGCUAGUUUUUGCAACCAGCAGGAAAGGCAACCCCUCUUUGCUUCUUGAUCUUAAGUGGAUCCUACGCCCAUUUGCCUGUUGCUUGGUCCUUAUUUGCCAUACAUGUGAUAUUUAUGUAAUGUCUGUUAUAUGAAUAAAGUAAUAGUGUCGCUCGUGAGACCUUGUUAAUGACACUGUAUUUGCUGUUCGUAUAGUAUAGAAUCAUAACGUGGACCUGUUGACCUCAUUGUAUGGAAAUGUGCUUAAAAGCGAAGAAGAAUGCGAGCAUUAAGCGACUGUGUCACACAACCUCCUCUUGGCCGUUCUCCAAUGCUAGUUCCAAAUCGGCUUAGCUGAUCGACAACGGCCUCUCCUCCCGACCUAUUAUUUCAUCACAGCCGCAUUGUCAUUAUCGAAUGUUGCCCAUUUACCGUGAACUCGUGUAAAUAAA